AUGAUCCUACAGCAACCCCUGGAGCGAGGCCCCCGGGGUCGGGCCCAGCGCGACCCGCGGGCCGCCUCGGGGGCUUCUGGAGGCCUGGAAGCGAGCUCCCCUCUCCGAGGAGCUGUGCCCAUGAGCACCAAGCGGCGCCUGGAGGAGGAGCAGGAGCCCCUGCGCAAGCAGUUCCUAUCUGAGGAGAACAUGGCCACCCACUUCUCUCAACUCAGCCUGCACAAUGACCACCCUUACUGCAGCCCCCCCAGGGCAUUCCCCCCAGCUCUGCCCCCACUCAGAAGCCCUUGCUCUGAGCUGCUUCUCUGGCGCUACCCUGGGAACCUGAUCCCUGAGGCUCUCCGGCUGCUGAGGCUGGGGGACACUCCCACCACCCACUACCCUGCAACCCCAGCUGGGGACAUGAUGGAGCUCUGA